AUGAUUUCCAUCGGUCUGGAGAGCUCCGCCAACAAACUGGGCGUGGGCAUCAUGGUGCAUCCCGACGAUGGCAAGCCCCCGCAGGUGCUGGCCAAUGUUCGGCACACCUAUGUCACCCCUCCGGGUGAAGGAUUCCUUCCCAAGGACACCGCCCGUCACCACCGCGCCUGGGUCGUGAAGCUGGUCAAGAAGGCUCUUCGUGAAGCUCGGAUCUCCCCCAAGGAUGUGGAUUGCAUCUGCUUCACCAAGGGCCCCGGCAUGGGAGCCCCUCUUCAGAGCGCCGCCAUUGCGGCCCGCAUGUUGAGUCUACUAUGGGGCAAGGAAUUGGUUGGCGUGAAUCACUGUGUUGGACAUAUCGAAAUGGGUCGAUUGAUUACCGGUGCUACAAAUCCCGUCGUCCUCUACGUCUCCGGAGGAAAUACCCAAGUCAUCGCAUACAGCUCUCAACGGUACCGCAUCUUCGGCGAGACCUUGGAUAUCGCAGUAGGAAACUGCUUAGACCGCUUUGCGCGCACGCUGCGCAUUUCCAACGAUCCCGCCCCAGGAUAUAACAUCGAACAAUUAGCCAAGAAGGGUAGGAAACUGGUCGAUCUACCGUACACGGUCAAGGGAAUGGACAUUUCCAUGUCCGGUAUCUUGGCGGCCAUUGAUGGACUAGCAGUGCAGUAUGGCUUGGACGGAGACUGGAAUGACGACGAGGAUGUUGCUAACAAUGCAUCUACAUCGGACGAUCUGGAGAACGCGAAACCGACGCGUGCAGAUCUAUGCUUCUCGCUCCAGGAAACGGUUUACUCCAUGCUGGUCGAGAUCACAGAGCGCGCCAUGGCACAUGUCGGCUCCAAGGAUGUUCUGAUCGUCGGUGGAGUGGGCUGUAAUGAGCGCCUGCAGGAAAUGAUGGGCAUCAUGGCUCGCGACCGCGGCGGUACCAUUCAUGCGACCGACGAGAGGUUCUGUAUUGAUAACGGCAUCAUGAUCGCGCAGGCUGGAUUACUGGCAUAUAAGUCCGGUAGCACAACGCCCUUGAAGGAUUCCACUUGUACUCAGCGCUUCCGGACGGACGAUGUCUUUGUCAAAUGGAGGGAUUGA